AUGCAGCCCAUUAUCACCAAUUCUGCGGACGGUGCUCAGGUUUGGUCUUUUGAUGGAAAAAGGCUUGUGUUGACACAAACACUGUCCCAGCAACAGGUGAAGUGCUCGGCCGCCAUCACAAGAUCCGACAACCUCAUGUUAGUCUUUCUGACAGGGCAGCAGGAGAUAACAUGUCGCGUAUACGAAUCGACGCUCAAGCGAGACAUCCUUCUGAAGGAGGUCACCCACACCAUGCCUCACCCCAUUGAGUCGUUCACUCUAUCUCACUAUGGAACAUUAAUCCAACUGCACUGCAAUGUUCAGCGACCACUAGACAACUUCCUAUUAGUGGAUGCAUUGAGCGGGACCAUCGUUGCCAGUAUGCAUUCAACCAUACGACUCGCAGGUUUCCGAAGUAUGUCCUGGCCGUACUGCCUGAGCGAGGACGAGGACUAUGUACUCUUUCAAGAUGGUUGGCUUUUGUGCCUCAAACAAUAUGAUCUGGCGUCUAGAUCAUUGAAGGAUUACGGAUACGUGAGUGCCAUCCCGAGAGACCAACCAUGGAGGCUUACUGCUUAUCACUUUACCUUGUCCCUCAAAGUCCCGUCCGAUAGCCUGGAUAAGUAUAGCGUCAUUGUGUGUAUCCCGUCGCAGGGGGGUUCGUCCGGCUAUGCUAUCGUCUACAAACUCUCUCAAUUUGUCGAGCUCUCAUCAGCAGAGGUCGAGACAGGUCGCACCACCAGCACCAAGCCAAUGGAAAUCGCUGACAAGAUCAUGGCAAAGCCAUACAUGUACUGUAUGACAGCCACAUGCGACGUAUUUGUCUUCAAGCCAAGUGAGUCUGGCGCCUGGUUCCUUCUCCUAGAGAAGACAGACGUAGACACUUCAAAGGCCAACAAUUACUACGGAGGCACGAUACUGAGGCAUUAUUGCAUUAUCAACAAGGCUAUAACAUUGAUCACAGAUGGUAAAAGCUACGUUCAUGAUUUCAGCAUCAGGCCCUUAGCCCCUGCCGAUCGAAGCGCUCUGGCUUCGGGCAAGAUUGACUCUCUAAAGGUACUAACCGAAAUGUUCGUCGUGAUCUAUGGGGUGGUUCCCCCCAAAGUAUGCAGCUAUGUGGUUAUGCUCACUAAUUUGGAUCGCAAAAACGCAUCGGCAGAGCUUCAGAAGGACAUCAAUUUUGGCAAUAUGCCAACCAACUCAACAAGUUGGGACGUAGCCGGGAGGUACCUUCUUUUGCGAGGCGAGGCAGGGAUGAACGGGGACUCUAGAAUACUCCGGCCAAUAAUCAACAAUGAGCCGAAGUAUUUGGCGAAAGGGACCAUCCACUCUAGGACGCAUGCACUAUUUUCUCCCAGAGGAGAUGUACUCUUGUAUCUGGUCACAAAGCCCAGAUUCACUGUCGAUAACGGCAUCGAGAUCUUUGAUAUGAAUCUAAAAUCACUGGCUGCGCAGCCAUUUGAAGCUCUGUCUAGUGCCUACUUUAUACCUUAUUGUAAGGCAGACUAUGCCGCAGUGGGGCUUGCUGAGGAAGUGGAAGGGGUUUAUCUGUCGGCCAUUAAGACAGAAACAAAGAAGUACGUUCCUCCAAGCCAGCGUAAGAAGUGA